GAACACGUACCUAAAACCUUACACGUACUAUACUAUAUUACUUUAUAAAUACUACCCUUUUACUUCACCUUAAUCACACAGUCACAGGUUAAUAAUAUUCUCCCAAAUAAUUCUAGCUAUAGUUAUCCCUUCUGUAACUAAGAAAGUAGUCAUGUCUUCAAUAUCAUCUUACUCAAUCAUACAUGACCUAGAAGAUCAAUUACCAUCCAAUUAUGAAAAGGAAAGACAAGAGCUUCCACUAAAAGAGAUCCCUGGAGGUUAUGGCUUGCCGUUUUUUGGGGCCAUUAAAGACCGAUGGGAUUUCUACUACAACCAAGGUCGGGACGGAUUCUUCCAAGCCCGAAUGACCCAAUACAAAUCUACAGUCUUCAGAGCCAACGGGCCACCAGGCCCCUUCAUGGCAAAAAAUCCUAAAGUCAUUGUCCUCCUAGACGCUGCAAGUUUUCCUAUCCUCUUUGACAUGACCAAAGUCGAGAAGAAGAACGUCUUUGAUGGAACUUAUAUGCCUUCUACUGGCUUUACAGGUGGUUACAGAGUACUCUCCUUCCUCGACCCAUCUGAGCCAAAACACAAAUCCCUCAAAGGCUACUUCUUCUCUGUCCUUGCUUCCAAACACGAAAACUUCAUCCCUGUGUUGCGAAAGUCCCUAACCGAGCUUUUCAACACUCUAGAGUCACAACUGUCAUCUAAGAAAGAAGCUAACUUCAACCCCAUAAGCGAUACCUACUCAUUCGAGUAUGUUUUCAACCUCUUUUGUGGUAAAAGUCCUAAAGACACUGUCUUAGGGUCCCAAGGCAACACCACUGUUGACACGUGGCUUGUCCCGCAAGUGGCUCCACUCAUAACCCUAGGCGUACCGAAGUUCCUACAACUAGUGGAAGAUCUACUCAUCCACACAUUCCCGAUACCAAGUUUCCUUGUGAAAUCAAAGUACAAUAAAAUAUACCAAGCUUUCUCCUCCUCAGCCACCGAAGUGCUAGACAAAGCAAAGGAUUUCGGGCUCGAGAAAGAAGAGGCUUGCCAUAAUCUGAUUUUCCUCACGUGCUUUAAUACCUACGGAGGCAUGAAAGUCCUCUUCCCAAGCUUGUUCAAGUGGAUCGGUCAAGCCGGCCCUACUUUGCAUGCCCAACUAGUUCACGAGAUCAGAAGCAUGGUUAAGCAAGAAGGAGGGGUGACUUUUGCUGCCAUAGAAAAGAUGGCGUUGACCAAGUCAGUGGUGUACGAGGUGUUGAGGAUCGAGCCUCCGGUUCCAUUCCAGUACGGUCACGCUAAGGAAGAUCUGGUUAUCCAGAGCCACGAUGCGUCGUUUAAGGUAAAGAAGGGGGAGAUGAUGUUUGGGUAUCAGCCAUUUGCGACGAAAGACCCCAAAGUUUUUGACAAGCCCGAGAAGUUUGUGGCAUAUAGGUUUAUGGGGAAAGGUGAAGAGAACCUAAAGUACGUGUUUUGGUCUAAUGGAAGAGAGACUGAGGAUCCUUCAGUGGAUAAUAAGCAAUGUGCGGGUAGAGAUUUGGUGGUGUUGAUGGCUAGAGUACUGUUGGUGGAGUUCUUUCUUAGGUAUGACACAUUUACCUGCGUCGCUGAGCAGUUCUUGGUGGGUACAAGGGUUAUUUUCAAGUCGUUGACUAAGGCCUCCAAAUUCCAUCAGCUUAAGUCAUUUGAGUGAAUUACAACCAUCGUUAUUUCAUCAACUGAAUUGAUAAUAGUUGGAUGAAGAUAUAAGACGUAAUAUAUGUACUACUCUUUAUAUUACAAGUACUCUUAGUUUUCGUAAAAAAAAAAACGAAGACGUAAUAUAUCUGCUUUCUAUUUUGUGCAUGUUGGUUUCUUUUUUAAUGGACUGAAUAAAUACAGGGUUUUUUUUU